AUGGGCGAGCAGGCGGCUCAGCCGCGGCGGCCGGGGGUCGGCGUGGGGGUGGUGGUCACCAGCGCCGCGCACCCCGGCUGCGUCCUCCUGGGCAAGCGGAAAGGCGCGCUGGGCGCCGGCACCUACCAGCUCCCCGGAGGCCACCUGGAGUUCGGGGAGAGCCUGGCGGAGUGCGCGGCGCGGGAGACGCUGGAGGAGGCGGCGCUGCCGCUGCGCCACGUGCGGUUCGCGUCGGCCGUGAACGCGGCGUGCCCGGCCCAGCGCUACCACUAUGUCACCGUGCUCAUGAAGGGCGAGGCCGAGCCGGGCGCCGAGCCGCGCAACCAGGAGCCCGACAAGAACGAGGGCUGGGAAUGGGUCAGAUGGGAUGAAUUUCCUCCAGCAGAUCAACUGUUCUGGGCCUUACGCUGUUUAAGAGAGCAAGGCUACAAUCCUUUUACAGAGGAGCUCGAUCAUCUAAAGGGGUACACGGGAAGUCACCAAUUAGAGUAAAAACAAAUUGUAUGUUAUGUAACAAACUAAAGGACAGACCUGCUUUUUUGGUGUAAAAGAAAAAAAGAUACGAAGUGCUCACCCUGCCCAUGUGAAAAUAUUAUCUUUUCCCAAAGAAGAACAUGCCAACUGUUUCAGUGCUUUUCCCAUAUUUCACAUGAUGGUUGUCUCUCAUUCCAGACCCAUUUCUAGGUUUAGUAGUUAAUAAUUAACAAUUUCUUUUACAGAAAACUCAGUGUUUUAUCUAGUUAGUCUUUACACUGAUGACCAGCCAUUUGAAAAUCAGCACUAGCCAGGGAAGCUUACUCACUUAAAAGCAGUUGCAGCAAAACUUACUCAUUCAAACCUGCUUUCCUGUAAUUAUUGGACCAAUUUUAAAACUUGGCCUUGUCUCUUAGCUUCACUUAUGAAGCUACUGUCAUGAGCAAAAGUUACAUUUAAUAGACAAUGCCUUUUUUCCCUGCAGACAGCAGUAUACACUUGAAAAUCAAAGGAGUAUUAUAAAUGUGAAAAGAUUGUCAUGACUUAUUGCAGGGAAUGAAAGUUCCCUGACCCUUCUUGCCAGUUGUUUUCAUAACAGAGUUCUGUUUAGAGCCUCAAUUACAUUGAAUUUAUCUGCAGAAAUGUCUCAGAUCUCUGCAAUUUAUCUGAGUUUGUUAUUGAACUCUUGGAAUGGAGAGGUGCCUACUCUACUAGGUUGACACAUUUAUAAGUGUAGCUCCAUGGCAAAAAUCAUACUUAGUGGCUAAAAAGAGUUGUCAGUAUUAAACGGCACGCAUGGGUGUAGUUCCGUAUGGCUGACUAUUGAGAUUUGGUGAA